UCUGCCCCUACCCGGCUUUACCCCUGCAACCAAACACCGGACCUGCAUCACCAUCAUCCCUCCAUCCUGUCGGCAGCGUAGACGGUGACAUACCGCGUGUUUGGUGUGCGGCAGUAAAGAGGAGGAGAUUUCUCUGCUACUGUUUGGUCCUGAAGGGGAGGAGCCAGUUGUUGAUUUCUACGCUGCAAAGCGAAGGCGCCGCACACAGAGGGUGAAAGACUGAAGAGGAGGCCUGAAAUCAUGAAGCACUCUCGAACUGUUACGGACUAGCUCGGACAGAGGGAUCUGCAUCGGAGGUGGAGGAGGAAGAGGAGGAGGGACAGAAGACAGAGGAGAGAGAGAGAGCGAGAGGGAGCGUAUCACAUGACCUGGCCUCGGACAGGCUCCAGAUCUGCGAUGCUCCCCUCAGGCAGGGAUUACCUCCUCCUCCUCCCCACUGUCUGCCUCUCCAUCUCUCCCGCUCUUCCUCCCACAUUCAGCAGAGCAGCCACCCAGCUUCAGGACUCUGAGCCGUGAGAGCUCGCUGUGAAGCCCACCUACACAAUCACACACAGAUAAACAAAGACACACACAGGCUUCUGCAUCCUGCUCAUGGUCGUAGGCCUGCCCUCCUCAGUCGCUGCUCCCGCUCCACUCCGACACCAUGAAGAGGCCCAAGCAGCAGACGGGGCCGCUCAGCUUCCUCAACUUCUUCAGCAGAAAGCCCAAAUCAGAGGCGAGGCCCGAGAAGUCUGUGGAGGCCCGGCCCAGGGAGGAGGUGGCCAUCACGCUGACCCCGAGCGAGCACCCGGAGCAGGAACUCGACCUCACAGCAGAGGAGGCUGGAGAAUCAAGAGUUUCUGGAGGAGAAAGAGGAGAAGGAGGAGGUCAGUCAGCAGCGGCUGAGGCAAGCCAGGAUGGUGCUGCCACAGCCGAGUGCACGGGCGGGGCCAGCAGCGGCUCCACUGGCGUUCUGUCCCUCUCCUCAUCCUCCCAGGAGCAGCUCUUGGAUGAACACUUGGAAGAGUGCCCUCUGUGCCUGCUCAGUCAACCCCGCUGCCACUUCCCACGUCUCUCCUCCUGUGCUCACCGAACAUGCUCCGACUGUCUCCGUCAGUACCUGCGCAUCGAGAUAUCAGAGAGCCGGGUGUGCAUUGCGUGCCCCCAGUGCCCUGAGACACUCGCUCCCCUCGAUGUCCGAGCCAUCCUGGACGAUCAGGCGCUGCUGGAGCGGUUUGAGGAGUACCAGCUGAGACGUUUCCUGGCUGCUGAUCCAGACACUCGCUGGUGCCCUGCCCCUGAUUGCAGCUAUGCAGUGAUCGCUUACGGUUGUGCCGAGUGUCCCAAACUGAGCUGUGGCCGUGAGGGAUGUGACACUGAGUUCUGCUACCACUGUCGGCAGCUGUGGCAUCCCAACCAGACGUGUGACCAGGCCCGGCGCCAGCGAGCACGCCACACCUCGGGGGGCAACGAUGCCUCUACACUGUACGUCUUCAAUGAAGAACCAGGAGGAGAUGCAGAGGAGAUCAAAGCGUGCCCUCGCUGUGGUGCCUACAUCAUGAAGACUAAUGAUGGCAGCUGUAACCGUAUGAAUUGCACUGUGUGUGCCUGUCAGUUCUGCUGGCUGUGUAUGCAGGAGAUCACCGACGUGCACUACCUCAGUCCCUCAGGAUGUACCUUCUGGGGGAAGAAGCCAUGGUCUCAAACCCGCAAGGUUCUGUGGCAGGUGGGCAUGUUGCUUGGAGCACCGGUGGUCAUUUCCCUCAUAGCAGGCAUCGCCAUCCCAGUAAUCAUCGUAGGCAUACCAAUCUACAUGGGCCGCAAGGUCCAUGGUCGCUGCAAGAAAAACAAUAUCUCAGGAAGUAAGCACUAUUUAACUGUGGCAAGCGGGGUGAUGAUGUCAGUGUUUGUGUCGCCGGUCAUAGCAGCUGUUACUGUGGGUGUAGGGGUGCCACUUAUGCUCACUUACGUCUACGGAGUCGUCCCCAUGUCGCUGUGUAGGAACGGAUGGUGUCGACCGCAGACUGAGCCCCCUGAAACACAUAAAAUACAACUGGAGGACUUAGCCAGCUAUCUUCUAUUCUCUCAUGUAGUCAGCGACCACUGGACGGGUCAAAACAACCCAACAGCCAGCGACACCAGCGUCCAGGAAGUCAGAGUCAGUGUACAGGAAGUGGGCGUACUCCCCAGUACAAGUACCACACCCCCAGAUUUAGAUAGCUAUGAGGUGUUUGAUGAUGCCUCCAAACAUCAUGGAUACACCCAGCAGGACAGCCAGUCAGACUGUGAGGUUGUUAUUGUGCCUGAUGGAAAGCUUGAUGCCACACAAGCGCUUGCUUUAAGGGAAGGAACCAAUAUUGAGGUCCGUGUUGAAAUUGAGACCCAUCCCAGAGGCGCCCGCCAGUCCAGCCUCAGUAGCAUCCUGUCUAGCCGAAGCUUGUCGGUGGAGUCACUGGGACACUCGCAGUCCCAGUCCCAAGACUACCUGUGUGCCUCUGAACUAGAAGACAGACAAGAGGGAAGAGGAGGAGGAGGAGAAGAAGAGCAGGAAGGAAGAGAGAAACCAGGAGGGGAAGAGGAGGGAGCCUAUGAUGGGACAGUUUACCCGGUCUUUGAAGUAGACGGUGUAUGAAGUCCUUUGAUGCAGGCUUUGUACUUGGUUGAAGAUUAGACAGGUUUUAUGGAUUAAAAAAAUCAAUGAGCUGAAGUUUCAGCCAGAUUGACCUGAGAAUCAUUGUCCAAGGCCACUUCCUGUUUCUAAGACAGGCCCCCCCACCAGAUGCCUUCUAGCUCCAGCCUGUAAGGAAGAUGCGGGUUUAGUGAAAACAAAUGAGAGUGUGUAUGAGACUUAAAAGCAUGAGGGUAUGACAGAAAAACUAAAGGGGACAAUCUGUAAUGCAGACAGGAUAGCAUCCAUGAAUGAAUAAAGUGGCUGAGAGCAUGUUAGCUGGUUAGUUCACUUUGUUGUUUUCUAUGUUGUCUUUUCUGUUGGAGACUAUCUCACUCCCCUUCUGUCAUAAAUCUAUUCAAUGAAACCCUCUCUAUGUCUACUCUCACACUUCUUUUAGUGACCUCACCUCCCUCCAAGGAUUUUAUGAUGCAGUGUUCAUUCUUAAAUAGGAGGAACCAUAACAGGUGACGCAUGCUUCACUGUUUGUUCACUCUUUUUUCAAGGAUUUCAAGUUAAAAAUGACUUUUGAAACUGUUGAAGCCUGUUCCUGUUGGUCUCUAUAGGAGUGAAUGGUGCUCUGUGACAUUAUGAAAGUGAUUAAAAACAGAGGGGUUUAUAAACAACAUGAAUUAUAAUAUGUAAUCUCAAAUCCACAGUCUUCCGUAGAAUCAGGCAGAGGGUAAUGUCACUUCUGGAUCAUUUUAGUGCAGCGUUGAGCCUUUAGGAGGCUACUUCAUAAAUGCUCCUUCCAGUACAGAGGCAGACUCAUGGCAGCAACACAUUUUCUCUAAAGAGUUUUAAAUCUAAAAGUAGCUGCAUGAUUCUGCUACUCGCUGUGUGCGCAGGAUAAACACACACAAGCAGAUAUACACAUGCAAACACACACAUGCUGUAUAUGCCCACACGCACAGCAAUCAGUGAAGUUGCGGUAGUACAGCUAAGAGCAUUAAAUAGAAACUUGAGACCCUCUUAAAUGAUCACAGAGCACCAAAAUUACAACAGCAGCAUGGCACCCUGGGCUAAAUUCUAAUAACCCCUUUUAGGUGAUUUAUGGGAAAUACAUGACUUUACAUGUGCUGCUUAGCUUCCUGAGUGUGAAAUAUUUGUGAGACAUGAACUCGGACAUGACAUGAGAGAAUGUGCUGAGUUGUGG